AUGACCGACUGUAUUAAUGCACAGAGGGACUACCCUGAAGAGGAUGCGAUUGCUACAGUGCGGGAGGCGAUCCGGAAGGGCACCAACUACAUCGACACGGCACCCUUCUACGGCCUCGGGAGGUCUGAAGAAGUUCUCGGCAAGGCCCUGAAGGGGAUUCCUCGGCAGGCAUACUAUAUCGCCACCAAGGUAGCCUGCUAUACGAUGGACCCACGCACCAUGUUCGACUUCUCUGUGCAGAAGACGAGAGAGAGUGUCGCGAAGAGUCUCGAGCUGCUGCAACUGGACUACGUGGACGUCAUACAGGUGCAUGAUGUGGAGUUUGCUCUGAACCUGGACAUAAUUAUUCAGGAGACUCUUCCAGUGCUGCAGGAACUUGUGGCAAAGGCAAGGCGAGGUUCAUCGGCAUCACGGGAGAAGGGCGUGGGCGUGAUCUGCGUGGCGGGUACGGCGAUGGCCCUCCUGAGUAGUGCGGGGCCACAGCUGUGGCAGCCAGCAUCCCAGGAGCUGCAGGACGUGUGCAGGGCGGCAGCCGACUACUGCAAGGUACGCAUAGAGUCCCGGCUGGCGGUGAUAAUGUUCCCCGGUCACCUGCCCGCCGGCUGGCCAGCUGCACGCCACUGA